AUGAUUGACGAAGAAAUAGUGUCUAUUGUAACGUCUUCAGUUCACAUCAAUGACCUCCGUGUUGCCACAGCCGAGGAUUGCAAGCUUCAGCAGGCUGCAGAAUUCGUUCAGGCUACAUGGCCAACCAAGAACACAUUGCCGCUUGAACUGAGACCUUACUAUGAGGUGCGGCAGGAACUAUUCACGGUGGAUUGCCUGCUGAUGCGCUCGGAGUGCGUUGUAGUUUCAGCCAAGCUCACAGGUGCAUUCGUUCAACUGGCUCAUGAAUCGCAUCCGGGAAUAGUGAAAACAGUGACGUCUCCACGAAAGGCACCAAGUUCUGGUACAUCUGCCACAUUGCGGCUCUCUACAAUAACAAUGCAGACAUCAACAUCGAAGAUCACUGAAAUACGACCUAACAUCAACUCCAAAUCCACUGGCGCCAACUACAUCAAAGCCCACAACGUCAAAGACAAUCAAGCCAACGCCCACAACGCCAAGGUCCAGCAUGCCUACUUCCACGACACCAACGCCCACAACACCAAUUACGACCACAACAACGCUGACGACACCAGUGACAACCACUCCAACAACCACACCAGUGCCCACGACAUCAAGGGCAACCACGCCAAAGACCACCACGACACGAACGCCCCCGACGUCAAUGACAACCACGCCAAAGCCCACCACACCAACGCCAACAACACCAAUGACCACCCCACCAAUGCCAAAGACACGAUUGAAAACCAAGCUAACGUCCACGACACGACUGCCCACGACAACAAUUACAAGCACGCCAAAGCCGACUACAUCAACGCCCACAACACCAAUGACCAUCACAACAACGCCAACAACACCAUUGACAACCACGCCAACCUCCACGAUACGAAUGUGCACAACAAUGACAACCACUCCAAAGCCCACUGCAUUAAUGACAACCACAACACCGACAACACCAAUGACAACUAUGCCAACGUCGACAACACGAACGCCCAUGACACCAAUGACAACCACGCCAAAGCACACGCCGCCAACGCCCACAACACCAAUGGCCACCACAACAACACCGACGAUUCCAAUGACCACCACGCUAAAGCUUACGACACCAACGCCCACCACACCAUUGACAACUACAACAUUGUCCACAACACCCAUAACAACCUCGACAACACCAACGUCACUAAUGACUACGCCCACGCCCACUACACCAAUGACAACCACACCAAUGACCACCACGCCAAAGCCCACGACGCCUACUUCCACCACACGGAAGACCACAAUGCAGACAACUAUGCCGAAAGUCACGACAUCCACUUUCACUACCACAACGUCAACGACCACGCAAGGCCCGACUGCUAG